GAGACGGGCUGUCCGCCCUCAUACAGCAGGAUAUGCCCAGGAGGAGGCAGGGCCGUCAGAGUGUAAGCUGGUCGGUAUGCUGUGGACUCGGCUGACGGAGUGAAUUUUAGUUUUUUUUUUUCCCCGACAAGAGCGAAUGUCGCAGACGGAACGCGUGGGGAAAUGAGUAACAAGAUGGAGGGUACGUCAGGACCCGGUGUCCGGGUGAACGGACCAGUGGUGCCGCCCAGCAGCUCGGCAAGCUCCUCCAUGGGAGCGCCUCUGUCGCCACAGGAGCUGCAGGAAGAGCAGCAGUCGUCGCUGGUGGACGUCUCCCAAAUGUGGAUUAAGUUUGCCAAGACCUUUGCCAUCAUCUUGCCCAUCUACGUCCUGGGAUACUUUGAGUUCAGUUUUAGCUGGGUCCUGGUGGGACUUGCUGCGCUCUUCUACUGGAGGAGGAACCACGGCAACAAGGACUACAGGAUAAACCGAGCCAUCGAGUUCCUGGAGCACGAGGACAAGGCGGUGAAGCAGAAUAUGGCAACGACGGAGCUGCCACCAUGGGUCCAUUAUCCUGAUGUGGAAAGAGUGGAGUGGCUGAAUAAGACAGUGAAGCAGAUGUGGCCGUUCAUCUGCCAGUUUGUGGACAAGCUGUUUAGAGACACCAUCGAGCCGGCGGUGCAGAGCGCCAACCCUUACCUUGGCUCCUUCUGCUUCAGCAAGAUCGACAUGGGCGACAAGCCACUGAGAGUCAACGGGGUGAAAGUUUACACAGAGAACGUGGACAAGAGGCAGGUGAUCAUGGACCUGCAAAUCAGUUUUGUCGGGAAUACAGAGAUUGACGUAGACAUCAAGAAGUAUUACUGCAGAGCUGGAAUAAAGAGUAUACAGCUUCAUGGGGUGAUGAGGGUGGUGAUGGAGCCGCUACUGGGGGACAUGCCUCUGGUCGGUGCACUGUCCGUCUUUUUCCUCAAGAAACCGUUGUUGGACAUUAAUUGGACAGGACUCACAAACAUGCUGGACAUUCCGGGUGUCAAUGGUUUGUGUGACAACAUCAUCCAGGACAUCAUCUACAGCUACCUGGUCCUGCCCAACUCCAUCAAAAUCCCUCUGGUGGGAGAAGCUGAGCUCGCCCAGCUGCGCUUCCCUGUUCCCAAGGCCGUCCUCAGAAUCCACUUCCUGGAGGCCCAGGACCUGCUGUGUAAAGACAAGUUAUUGGGCGGGUUGAUCAAAGGCAAGUCGGACCCGUACGGUGUCAUCCAGGUUGGGACUCAAGUGUUCCAGAGCAAAGUCAUCCACGAGAACAUCCACCCCAAGUGGAAUGAAGUGUACGAGGCUCUGGUUUACGAUCACUCAGGACCAAACGUUGGUGUCGAGCUGUUUGAUGAAGACCCAGAUAAAGACGACUUUUUGGGAAGUCUGGUCAUUAAUUUGGCCGAGCUCCAGAAAGAACAGAAGGUCGAUGAGUGGUUUGAUUUGGACGAAGUGGCUUCAGGGAAACUGCACCUGAGGGUGGAGUGGUUAUCUCUCCUGUCCACACCUGAGAGGCUGGACCAGGCUCUGUUGAACAUCAAAGCUGAUCGAGGAAAAGCCAACGAUGGUCUGUCGUCUGCUCUGCUCGUCGUCUUCCUGGACUCAGCCAGAAACCUGCCGCGCAAUCCCUUAGAGUUCAACCAGGCGGGGCUGAAGGCGGCCGCCGUCAGUAAGGCCAUCAAGUCUGGUAAAAAAGUGACCAGUGAUCCCAGUCCGUUUGUCCAGUUCAAAGUGGGACACAAGUCCUUCGAGAGCAAGACCAGAUAUAAAACCAAUGAGCCGGUGUGGGAGGAGGCGUUCACUUUCCUCGUCCACAACCCCAACAGUCAAGAGUUGGAGGUCGAGGUGAAGGACGAGAAACAUGAAUGUACGCUGGGGACGAUGGCACUCCCUCUGAGUCGCCUGCUGGAGGCAGAAGACAUGACGCUCAACCAGCGGUUCCCCCUCAAGAACUCCGGACCCAGCUGCACCGUCAAGAUGAAGAUGGCUCUGCGGGUUCUGUGCCAGGUCCAGGACUCUUCCGCUUCCACAAAAUCCUCCACUCCGUCCUCGGUGCAGGUCCGCAAAACGGACUCCUCCAACCAGACGCCUCGGCAGUCGGUCUCCUCCGACCCGCUGACGCCUCCCCCGGUCUCCACCACCGCUGCCAAUAUAACCGACGACAUCCCCAGCUCCGCCUCGGUGACGGCGCAGGACAUCCUGAACCGGCAGAAGGUCAGGGAGGAGUCCGUCAGGUCUCCUGAAAGCGCAGACUUGGCUCAGGGUGGAGGAGGCGGCAGUCAAAGCCUGGCAGAGAUGGGGAGGAGCAGGUCUAACUUGGUCAUCUCAGGCUCCCAACAACACCUGGCAGGAGGCAAGGAGCCGACGCCCAGCAUCGCGUCAGACAUCUCCAACCCCUACGCCACCCAGGAGCUGCACCAGAGACUCCAGCUGCUCCAGAAUGGCUCAGGCCCCAGUUAUUUCCCGCUGGGUGAGAUCCAGCUGACGGUCAGACACAGUUCGCAGAGGAACAAACUCAUUGUGGUCGUCCACAGCUGCAGAAACCUGAUCGCGUUCACCGAUCACGGCUCGGACCCUUAUGUCCGUCUGUACCUGCUGCCAGACAAACGGAGGUCGGGCAGGAGGAAAACUCACACGCUCAAGAAAACUCUCAAUCCUGUUUAUGACCAGACUUUUGAGUUCAGCGUGUCUCUGGCUGAGCUGCACAGACGGACUCUGGACGUUGCGGUGAAGAACAGUGGAAGUCUUCUGUCCAAACACAGAGGUCUUCUGGGAAAGAUUCUGGUGGAUUUGACUCAUGAUGACAUCACUAAGGGCUGGACACAGUGGUAUGAGCUGACUGAAGACGGUUUGGCGAAACCUCACCAGUUGUAGAUGUCACCACAACGACAAUGUCGUCACGAUCAUCGCUGUGUCACCGUAUAAUCGCCACACUCGCGUAUUACAUUCACUUCAUCUUAGCUUCACUGUACGACAUGCUUUUAUUUUGAUCUCCAUCUCAACAGGAAGUAGAAGAAGAAAAAAAAAAAAAAGAGCAGCUUCUUACAUUCAUUUAAUCUCAUCAUCAUCAGUCGCAAGGCAAAAACCUCCCCUUUAAAACGAGAGUGAGCAAACGCAGCACGUACAAUUCUAUAUGUAACCUUAUAUCCCAUAAUAGAAGAAGAAGAAGAAAAAAAAGAACCAAGACGUUUGUAAAUAAUGUAAAAUGAUGCUGGACAGACGUGUGGACACGAGGACAGGCGGACGUGCGCGUGUGUGUCUUACUCGGCCAAAUGAUUGUGUGUAAUUUUAUCUUGUUUAUUAUUAUUAUUAUUUUUUUUUUAAUUGGUAAAUAAUGUGGGCGUGGUUCGUAAUGGCAGGACAGGUGCAGACGUCACCAAAGACACGAGUUUAUUGUUCAUGUGACGACAACUUUAUUAAAAACCUGCGACGGUCGGUGAAAGAUUUAGCACGACAAUCAAACUUCAUAUUUAAAUAAAAGUUAGCUUUAGAAUGAUAAACGGAAAAUAAAUAUACUAUCAAGGCAAACUGGCGUCACAGCCAGACACCGGCAUCAAUGUUUAACAUUAGCACUACUUUAGCUCAACUCCUCUCUGGUAGAAUAUCAAGUUUGAUCGCGAGUGCUCAGCGUUUCAUCUCCACAUUAAUUAUGCACAAAUGACAUUCAUGACGUUCAUGACAUGAACAACUUUAAAUUUAAACAUAAAUAAAUCUCAUGCGAAUACCAAGUUUGUUUAGCUGAAUGACGAUGUUGUUGUUUCACUGCGUUUGUUUCCUGAUUGUGUUUUUGCACAUUUGUGUGUUUGUGUGUAUUUUAAAUGUGGUCGGGGAUCAUCCGUGCUUUUAUUUUCUCGAGCUUCACCCAAAUUCAUCACAGGACAAUCUUUUUACUUUUUUAUUUCCAUUUGUUUGUUUGUUUGUUAGCAGUUAAUUUAAUAUAAAAAUCCACCGUGUAACUUUAAAACUGUAAUUAAACACAUUCCUGUAUUGUGGUUGGCCACACCCAGUUUUUUUACUCGCUUUUUAUUUUGCUAAAUGUUUUUGUCCCAUUGUUUUUUGCGUCGACUUUUAAUCUUUUCAUGCCAAAAAUUCCCGUCACGUUUGAUGUGAAUGCUCCGUCACAGAUGGUAUUUUUAUCAUGUUUAAGUAUUUAUUCUUUUUUUCUUUUUAAAUGCCUAAUUUAAAAAAUAAUAAAAAGAAUUACCCUCAUUUAAAAAAAAUGCCAAAAUAAAAUAAUUUUCCUUUAAAGUCAUUCCUGCAAUAAAUGUAUUUAUUAUCCUUUACAAAAAAAUCAUUCAAAUUAAUCCUUUCAGAUUUUGUCGCCCUCCAGUGGUUGAAUUAGGCAAGGAAGCCGUGGAGACUUUUAUUUUUGUUGACAAAUUAAGUCACGUUUUAAUGACAACAGUUACAGAUUAAUGUAAAAAACGCCACUUCCUGUCACCCUUUGACAAUAAAGGUCUUCAUAUUUCCCCUCAAUUUGUGGAGAUUCAGACAAAUGAAAGGGAAGCCGAGUGGUGGCUACGACAUUACUUUGAAAAUAUAUGAAAAAUAAUCUGACCUUUAUUUUAAAAAUCUCACACCAAAUUAUGAAUUUUAACGAUUUCAGAAUCAAUGAGAUGAAGGGAACCAGCUUCCUGUUAAAAAGUAAAAUUACCAAAACAAAAGCUUUAAUUAAUAAUGAUGACAAUAAGUCCUGCGUCAACUUUAGUCUUAACUUGUCAUGAAGGAUCAUUUUCCACACGUGUCAUGUUUGUUGUCAUUAAGCAGGUGGUGUUUGGUGGGGGGGCGGGGCCUUUGUAGUGAGAGUAGCUAAUGUCACUGAGGUGACAGGCGUUGUUGGGUUGUUCUCUGACCGACAAAAACGCAACACAAAAUAUUUUUAAAAAGAACAACAAACCUGAUAUUUAAAUGCGUGUUUUGCGUUCAUCCAUGACCUAAAAAACAACGUAAAUAAAUAAUAUAUCGUAGAAAUAAGAUGUUUUACGUCGCUGAUUUCAUUUAUGAAAUCUGCCCAAAGUAAAAAUAUGGGAAAUGUUUGGUGUGUAAUUUUUCGCUAUUUUUUUUUUUUGUUUUGGGCUAGCAUGACUCCUAUAGGUUUGGUAUGGUCAUGACAGCUUUGUUAGGUACUUUUAUGAAAACAGUUCUUCGUUUUUAAUAAAUGAUUCACUAUUUUGAGUAAAUACACUAAAACACCAUACAAGAUUUUUCGCACUCAUAGCUCAAUUGUGUUCAAGCUCAAAUGAUCACGAUCCAGGUUCCAUUUCUCCGUGAUGCUGACGUCGGACAGACUGGCACCAGAUAUUACGCCGCCACCUCACGAAGUUGGCCUUAAAAAGACGCUGCUCUGUGAACUUGUGCUGUGCUCACACCGAACACAAGGAUCACUUUGUGAUGCGAUGCGAACGUCCGGCCGACGGGAAUAUCGCGUCUGUGCGUUCCGUGUGAAAACAGCGUUAACGUCACAGUUCGUAAACGAGUCUACACAAUGAGACUUUUGGCCUGAAAUCAAAGGAUGGGGAUAUCGGCAAAAAAAAAUAAAAAAUUCCUGAAAUCCGAUAAUAAUAAUUAUUUCCCUCUUUUGAAAUUGUCUGGUCACGACUCAGCACACAUGUCGGUUAUAAAACGGUUAUUGGACGGUUGUGAUAUCGGAACUAGAACGUUUGUUUAUGUUGGAUGUAAAUAAAGUAUUUUACACGUAAACUGUCCUAUUUUGAAUGUGUCUUGUGUUUUUUUUUAUUAUUUUUCAUUUAUUAGCGCUUGUCCUGUGCUUUCAUUUUGUAAAACCUUCGUCUCUCAGGAUGUUCUGUGUGUGUGUGUGUCCUCUCUGUCCCGUCUCUUUCGUUUUCUUUAAUUUAUCUUGUGCCUUAAAAUUCACAGCACACGGCUCAGAAACAUGAACGUGUUUUUAAAACGACAACGACGUGAUGUUAAAAUGGCUUCCUGUGUUUUUCAGAAUGGUCUCCUUCAUGUUUGUUAAACUGAAAUAAAAAGAGCUUUACUUAGCUUUGGCAGCGUGAAGCUGGUCAGCACCGAGCUUAA